AUGGGGAGUGCCGCUGCACCAGCGCCUCUGGCGCGUCAAGAGGGGUCCGCGCAGCGGCGGCUCUCAUCUGCCGCCGCGCUUUCCGCGGCGACCAGCGCCCGCGGAGGCCGUCACGCGCGGGCCAGUGGCGCCCCCGCGCUCGCUACAGUGUUCCCGCAUUGGGUGGCGGUGGGCUUGGAGGAGCUGAGGCGCGUUCCGCAGGACGUGAUGCCAGAGGACGGGCACUGCUGGCAGAAUACGGCGAGAAACAAAUGGUCAAGUUAUCUUGCCACAGGUCGUACUUCCGCUGUGCGCGCUCGGUGUGGCCCUCCCCGCCUGCCAGCGCUGGCACCCUCCAGGCCGAUGCAGGAGCGGCAUGCACAUUCCCGCCAGGAGGAGAUUCAACACAAGCAACAGCAUCAGCAGCAGCCGCAGCAGCAGCAGCCACAGCAGCAGCAGGAGGAGCAGCAGGAGCAGCAGCAGCCACAGCAGCAGCAGCAGCAGCAGCAGCAGCAGCAGCAGCAGCAGCAGCAGCAGCAGCAGCAGCAGCAGCAGCAGCAGCAGCAGCAGCAGCAGCAGCAGCAGCAGCAGCAGCAGCAGCAGCAGCAGCAGCAGGGGCAGCAGGAGCAGCAGGAGCAGCAGGUACAGCAGCAAGAGGAGUGCAGAGCGGUGUUGCAGUCUAAUUCUGCACCAUUCUGCCUGACCCAGCAGCACUCUUCCUCGCCCUCCUCUCUCGGCAAGCGGUCACGUGAAGACGACUCCUCCUUGAGGUUGGGACUGUGCUUGCCCUCUCAUGCUCCUCGCGCUUGCCACUCCUCCCAGGACUUGGAUGUCAGAGCCUUUGACUCCUCUCCCGGAUUCCACACCUUCCCCCGCCUUGAGCCCUCCCAUGAUUUGCAAAUGACUCAGGCGGGUAUUCGUGCGACUCAUGCCUCUCAUACCUCUCCCUCCACUCCCGCCUCUUCCUCCACCCUCGCCUCUCCCGCCACUCUUGCCUCUCCCGCCACUCACGCGUCUCACUCCCCCAUGCCGCUCAGGCCAAUUGGACUCCUCCUUUUAACGUUGCCCCUCCUUUUGACACAGCCCCUCCUUUUGGCACUGCCCCUCCUGUUGACACUGCCCCUCCUUUUGACACUGAACCUCCUGUUGACGCUGCCCCUCUUCACCCCGGCGCUGCUGGUGUCAGUGCUGCUGGUGUAG